AUGUCAGAUGACGAAGCUGCUACCAAGGAAGACUCUGCGAGCCGAAAACGAAGAAGAAAAAGAAACAAAGGUUCAAAAUCUUGCUGUGAAGAAUGUUGUGAAUCUUGUCACAAUAUGGCGGCAUCAAUCGCAGAGAUGAAAGCAAAGCUUGACAGCGUGUUAAGCAGCAUUGAAGACAUCAAAGAACUAAAGCAAAAACAAACAAGCCUUGAGGAAAAUAACAAGCAAUUGGAAGCCAGUUUAGAAUUCGCUCAUACUUCUACUAAAGAGCUAAGGGAGAAGAUGGCCGUACAAGAUGAAGAGAUCGACGAGCUUAAGAAAGGUGUGAAGUCGUUAACAAACAAGCAGCGUAUGAAAAGGAAAGAGCAAUUAAGCUGGAAAGUAACAGUCGCCGCAACAACUUAA